CCGAAAUCAGUCCCGAGAAGCAGAGUAAGCCACGACUCCUUAACGCAGUACCGCCACCAACUCGAAGACUCCUUCCUCCACCUCUCUCCCCCUUUCCCAACCCUAUCCGAUUACUUUCCCCUCUCUUUCUCUCUCUUUUCCAAACCCUAACAAGAACCCUGAUGAUCCGAUCGGGCCCUGGAUAAAGAGGCUGCGUGGCGUGAGCCGGAUCAGAGCCGCCGGCGAAGAUGACGAGGAGGUGUUCCCAUUGCAGCAACAAUGGGCACAACUCACGCACGUGUCCGAACCGUGGAGUUAAGCUCUUCGGUGUUCGCCUCACCGAUGGCUCGAUCCGGAAGAGCGCUAGCAUGGGCAAUCUCUCCCUCUUUGCUGGAUCUGCGGGUGGCUCUUCUCCUGCUGAAGGCCUUGAGGCUUCCGGCACAGCCGGUGAUGGGUACGCGUCGGAGGACUUGGUGCAGGGCUCUUCGUCCAGCUGCCGCGAGCGGAAGAGAGGGAUUCCUUGGACUGAAGAGGAACACCGAUUGUUUUUACUUGGUUUGCAAAAGCUUCGCAAAGGGGAUUGGCGAGGGAUAUCCCGCAAGUAUGUAAUAACAAGGACACCAACUCAAGUCGCGAGCCACGCUCAAAAAUAUUUCAUACGCCAAUCAAAUGCAAGUAGAAGAAGGCGAAGAACUAGCCUCUUUGAUAUGGUACCGGAUGAAACUGCAGAACCUGAGUUAUUUCCCAUGAACUAUAAAGAACCUGAAACACAAGAACACCAUUGCACCCCUGCACCUGUACUUCAAGAAGAAGAAUGUGAGUCCAUGGAUUCCAACAAUUCUGCUGAUGAAGAAGAAUCUGAUGUCAUAAAGCCAGAAAUUUCAGAAUCUCAGGGUAGUUAUCAAGUCAUAUACCCUGCCUAUUUCUCUCCAUUCUUUCCCUUUACUCUACCUCCUUGGCCUCUUUCUGCUGCUGAAACUGUGGAGAAGAAGGCUCACGAAAUUGUUAAGCCAACUCCCUUACAUACAAAAUCUCCUAUUAAAGUGGAUGAGCUUCUGGGCAUGUCAAAACUGAGUAUAGGAGAAUCUGGCGUUGAAGAAGCCGCUCCAUCACCAUCGCUGUCAGUAAAUUUACUUAUAGCAAAUAGACAUUCUGCAUUUCAUGCUAAUUACCCAGCCCGCCCGAAAGCAGCUCAGUGAAAGUUUUUCAGGGAGGCCUUUCUAAUGUAAGUUGCGGUACAACUUUAUUUCUUGCUCUUCUAUGUAUUUAGUAUGUUUUAAAUAGGGUUUAGGAUUUGCACUAUGAAAGUUGACAACCUAAUUAUCAAUUUCUUUUAGUACAUUGCUAUUCUUCUUGUAUGUUAGAACUUUGCUUAUUUGAAACCAUAAAUUAUGUUUCUUCUUUGCUGA